AUGAAAUUUUUGAAGGCAGCCACUGUGGUGCACGAGUUCAUGCAUGCUCUGGGUGUACAGCACAUGCACAUGCGAAGUGAUAGGGACAAAUUCCUCAAAGUCAAUUUGACAUACGUGAAUGCUCCAGCCGGCAAGAAAAUUCAAAUUCGGGUGAUGAAACUGACGAAUGUACAGUGUCGUAAUGGCUGUACAGUGAGUGCGAUCGAACCGAAACUCAUGGCCAGUAAGGCCAUAACAAACAGGCGAUUCUGUUGUGAUGCAGAUCUGAACACAAUUCGUACUAGUAACAUCAGCCCGAUGCCAGUAAUCGCCUACACCAGCGAUAAUGGAAAAGUAAUGGUAAUGCCAUGGUGUUUCUACGUUUAUCUAUAUGUCGCUUACGCUCCAGUUGAACUCCAACUCAGUACUUUACUGUGUACAGUAAUUCUGCUGGAGUGGAAGAAGCUCAGUAGCGAUUUUUCAAAUAUCAUCAAUGGGAAGAAACAAGCGGUCAUAGGAGCUGCUUUGAAUCUGAACUGGGAGAAAACUGAUAACUUCUGA